AUCUUCGAUUAAAAAUGCGAUCGGAGUAUGACUCAACAAUUUAUCAAACGCAGCUUUAUUUACGAGUAGUACGACUCAACAACGGAGUAGCCAAGAUUUUUUAUAAAUAAUUUAUUCAAUAGCAAAUUAUGGAUGCAAGCUUUUUCUCAGUAUAAAAUUACGACGUGAGAUAUGAAAAAUGAGAGCGAAAAACAGUGUUGAAUAGAAUUUUGAACAGAAAUAUCUAUAUGUUGACAGAGUAUCGCCACAUAACCACACGUGUAGCAGUUGCCAAUUGGUACGUCCGAUGAUCGUAUGAUGUGAACCAGCCUAAUGUUGCAAUUCACCGGCGUGAUUUUUACUAUUUGAGAAUAAUGUGCUUUUGAACAAUGUCAAGAAAUCUAAAGGAGUCUUGAUACAUAUACGUACAGUGGAUAUUUUAUGUAUUCAAAAGAGUAUUGUUCUUUUUUUAAGUUAAAAGUAUAUUUAUCGCUAUGGAUAAAAAAUUAGCUUGCAAUACAUUAACAAGAAUUGUUAUGUAGCAGAGGUAUAAAAAGUUGCAUACUGGAGGAAUGCGAAAAAUCUUUGAAAACUUUGCCCAAAAGUGGAAAGAAGCAUUUCGAACCUAAUCAUUCUUGGCUGGAGGAUGUUCAGAUUGAAAAGGAACUUAAAAAUCGUAAAGAUCUGUUAAACAUUGAAAGAGUUGAAAGAAUCUCAGAAUUAGCUAGUGCGGAAUGGAUGCCAGUGCAAAAGAAAGCGCUUGUUACCAAGAGAUCUGGGCAGGACUGGGGCAAUUUUGGCCUGGAAAAAAAUGGUUCGUUGUACUUGCUAGCGGAGGAGGCAUUAUUUCUUUUAGAAACGAAUUGUCUUGAACUUAUUUGGAAUGGAGUACCAUGUUCAAUUCAACAAGCCUACGAGAUCUUGAUUGAUGAUACAGUUUGUACUCUAGAAGAAUACCGAGUUUAUAGCCAGUUAACACGCUACGGCUAUCGUAUACAGCGUUACAUUUACGAAGAUUUUGAAAAGGGCAGUAGAUCAGAUGAGUCUGCCUCUGCUAAACGGAAAAUUAUUGUCGAGCCCGAAAAUGGACUGAGAAUGUGCGAUAAUCAGUUACAUAGUCAACAAUCUACGGUGCAAUCAAAUGAACCUUUGAUAAGAUUGGACAAAUCUUGUAUCAGUCUUAACACAAAAAAUCACCAGGAUACUCUGCUGAAAGAACCUGUGGAACAAGUUGUGCAUGACGUGGUAGAUCAUCUCUUGCAUAGCGUAGAUAGUCAGAAAAAUAUAAAUAUUCCAGUCACUUUCGACACGGCAGAAAGCAACGCAAUGGAAAUCGACAAAGAUAGCGAAGAGAAAAAUCGGAAUUCUAAACCUGAAAUAAUCUCUGAUGAGACCUUGUUGUGCAAUAUCAAAAUCCUCAGAGAUGCAGCGUGCAAUUCCAACAGCGAAGCUGUCAAAACGUCAAAAUGGCCGGGCACUCGCAUCCAGCGCAACGUCAAGUUGUUACCUAAAAGAAGCGAUAAGGUGUCACCCCCUGAGAUUUCAAUAAUCGAUUCCAGUUCCACGAGUGAGAGUACCAGAUGUGUCGAGAAACGGAAGACAUACAUGCCAGACGAGUUGUUGCACAAAAAAUCAAAGCUUGAGGUGAUUGAUUUAUCCGAUGACGAGGUUCAGGAAUUACCACAUCCGGUGACGAGAAUGGAUAUCUUGAACACGCUACCAAAUGUUGCCUUGCAAGUGGACAUCAAGGAGAAAAUUUCCAGGCGAUACAUACCGCAUAAUAUAAGACCUCGAAAGACUGUUUACGAGUACAACCGAGCAAGCAUAUCUCGUAUGCAGGAGAACGACAGAAGGGCGCGACAGAGUUGCAAGGAUAUCAGAAACAACGGCAGGCAGAAUACGUCUAAGUUUAGCAGUCCUGUUGCCAUCAGCAGUCAAGGCAACUCGCUUCAUAGACAACGCUCGCAUUCACCCUUCUGCGAUUCGCCGCGGGCGUUCUAUCAGAUGCACGGGACGAAUGUCGGCUUGCCUUACGCGUAUAGAUUUCCGUACAAUUGCCCGGACUUUUACAUGCAGAACAGGAUCACGCAGAAUGUAUUUCACAAUCUGUUCGUCGCGUUCGGGAAUCACGGGAACGUCGUUCAGCAGAGCCGAAGCCUUACCAUACAGAUGAAUAAUUUUGCGAUACCGUUCAUGGGCGGAUAUCGAGCGAGACACUUUUUCGCGGAGAAUCAACACUUCCGGCCCAGUCCUUAUCAGAACUUCCUGUGGCAACAACGCUUCUGUCAGCGGAGAACGACGGAGAACGCAAUGACGUACAGCUCUGGGCAUUCUUUCGCGAGACGGCAACACAGCGAAGCUAGCAGGAACCGAAGCAGUAGCCGUGAGGCUGUUAAUCGACCCUCGUUCACGACCCGUCACGGAGCUACCUCCUGGACGGAAUUGAAGAGGAAGUGGUCCGAGGAGAAAACCAUUACGAUCGACGAUGAAGAUUACCAGAGCAAUAAUCAGAACGAGGAUGAAUGCGACGAAGUCGUGAAGCUCAUAAAUCCACUGCUCGGUCCAAAAAACACCUCCUCACUGGCAGAGAUCUUCAGCAAGCUCGCUAUAAUAAAACCAGCGCCGGAGAGACUAGUCAGGAGGAAGAAGAGCAAGUACAAGAUAUCGUACAACGUGUACUCUUGUACUCAACAUUAUAGAAAGGCAAAUCCCGGCCAACCGUUGUAUAGUCUAGUAGUAAUAAGGAAAGAGAACUCGUUCCUUCAACCGGUCGAGUUGAAUCGUCUGCAACAGGAUGCAAAGGGCCAGAUAGUAUUAGCGUACGUGUCGAUGUCGAUAUCGUACAUUCAGCCAGGUAUUAUAACGAUGCCAAAUGUAACGUAAUGGUUUAUAUUGUAUUCCGGCUGAUUGACCGUUUGGAAUGAAAUCCGCAGCGCGGAUCCGUCCGCUUACUGAAUUGAAGAUUGUAAAUUAUCACGUCUGUAUUGAUUGUAAAUCUAAAGACGAAAACUUUUACAUAAUAAAUUUUUACAUGCUUAUAAAAAA